GUCGGUAACUUGAUUUUUGUUUUCAGCUGCUGCAAGUUGUUAUAAUCUGUGUAGAAGGGUAUGCUGUAAAUAAAUUAUUAAAAAUACUUUUAAAAUGCCGACAAAAAUUGUAUUUAAAAGCGGCCUAUCAAAGUCGGAUCCACACCGUAACCCCGUUCUUAUUUUGGGCCAAGUAAAACACCUAACCCAAAUCAAAUUCCAAGACAUAAAAUGCAAAUUAGAACCCAGGGUCGCCGAAGAAACCUUUAAGGUGGCUGUUGCGGGACUUCACCCAUCGCCAACCGACACCUGUUCGUUGUACUUAAACUUGGCAACGGUGGCUGCGUUGCCGGUUAAGUGCAGCAGGCAUAACACGCCCUCCAGGGCUCAUGCGAUCACGCGAUUGGUGCAGGUUUGCUCGGUUGGAGUUGACGAGAGUAUUGUUAUUAUUUGCGAAAAAAACGAUGUUUAUGCUAGUGCAUGUGCGGUAACAAGGGCUUUCCCACAAUAUUCCAAAAAAACAUCCACAAAUAAUGAGGAAAAUGUAACAAUAUCUGUGGAAUUUCUUAUUGUAUCUGGACACUCAAACAUAGAAAAUGGUGACAUUCUCGAACUCGCCCCCGAAGAAGUAAACGCUUUAGAACACGCCGCCACUGGCAUACGCAUGGCGGCGCGCAUAGUGGACACCCCUUGCAACGAAAUGAACGUUAAUAGCUUUUUGGAGGAAAUCAAGGCCGUGGGUCAAUCGUUAAACAUUACCCCCACAAUAAUCAGGGGGGAAGAAUUGGCGGCGCGCGGUUUCGGCGGGAUUUACGGGGUGGGCAAGGCCGCCUCUGUGCCGCCGGCACUGGCUGUGCUCAGCCAUAUGCCUGAAUCGGCUCAUGUCAGCGUUGCGUGGGUUGGAAAGGGGAUUGUUUAUGAUACCGGUGGUCUUAGUAUCAAAGGAAAGACUGCUAUGCCUGGUAUGAAAAGGGAUUGUGGUGGCGCUGCUGGUAUUCUAGGUGCUUUCUAUGCGGCUGUGAAGGCGAAUUUUAGUCAAAAUUUACAUGCCAUUUUUUGUUUGGCUGAAAAUGCAGUAGGACCAAAAGCAACAAGGCCAGACGAUAUUCAUACUUUAUACUCUGGAAGAACGGUUGAAAUUAACAAUACUGAUGCAGAAGGAAGACUGGUACUAGCAGAUGGAGUUGUAUAUGCCCAAAGAGACUUAAAAGCCAAUAUCAUUUUGGAUAUGGCAACUUUAACUGGAGCCCAGGGAAUAGCUACUGGUAAGUACCACGCGGCAGUCCUGUCAAAUAACGAGGACUGGGAAACAAAAUCGAUGGUGGCCGGUCGCACAUCGGGCGAUUUGAUUUUCCCGAUUCCCUACUGCCCGGAACUGCACUUUUCCGAAUUUUCCUCUGCGGUUGCGGACAUGAAGAAUUCUGUAGCCGAUCGAGGUAAUGCGCAGCCCAGCUGCGCAGGACUUUUCGUUGCAGCCCAUUUGGGCUUCGAUUAUCCCGGUACAUGGAUCCAUGUCGAUAUGGCCAGCCCAUCUCACUCAGGCGAAAGAGCAACUGGUUAUGGUGUAGCCCUUUUAACUACACUUUUUGGUAGCUACUGCCACAAUCCACUUUUGAGGUCAAUUUGCCCAGACGCAGAAGGUCCAAAUGAAAACAUCGCCAAAAAACAAAGAAUCAAUUAAAUUAAAAUCCAUUAUACAACCCAGAAAACUUUAUAAAACUGUAAUACAAGCAAUUCAUUUUUUUAUAAUAAAAAACAACAUGUAUAUGU